CGAUAAGGAGGAUGUGUUUAUAGUAAGAAGGUUGAAUGAAAUUGAAGUUGAGGAAUCAGAUGUAAAUAAAAUGCUGGAGGGGGCUAUUAACAAAGAUGUAAUUGAAAUUAAAGAAAUCUUAUCUAUAAAUGAUCAAGAUUUGAUGGAUAUUGAGUAUGAAGGAUGA